CUUGCCAAUUGAGUGAGCUAGCUCGAUCGAUAGCAUCUAAGCAUCACGAUGCAGGCUCGGAUCGCUACCAUCUUCGUCUUCCUGCUCAGCCUCAGCUCGGCGAGCGUCGCGCAUGGCCGCCGGAGCAGCAGCAGGAGGCUCGUCAUGAGCCACGGCGACGAGCCGUGCGAGAAGAUGAGGCUCUACUUCCACGACAUCCUCUACGACGUCAGCAACAGCACGGCGAACUCGACGUCGGCGGUGGUCGCCAAGCCGACGGCGCUGCUGCAGGCGACGAUGAACGCCUCCGUGUUCGGCACGAUGAUGGUGUUCGACGACCCGAUGACGGAGGGGAAGGCGCUGCCGCCGGCGCUGGAGGAGACGGCGGUGCGCGCGCAGGGGCUCUACUUCUACGACCAGAGGCGGGCGCCCUCCGACGCGUGGUUCGCCUUCUCCGUCGUCUUCAACUCCACGGAGCGCCGCGGCACGCUCAGCGUCAUGGGCGCCGACAUCGUCGCCGAGGAGACGAGGGACCUCUCCGUCGUGGGCGGCACCGGCGACUUCUUCAUGGCGCGCGGCGUCGCCACGCUCCGCGGCGACGCCGUCGAGGGGUUCAAAUACUUCCGGCUGCAGAUGGACAUCAAGCUCUACGAAUGCUACGCCUGAUUAUCGAUGCAUGCAUGGUAUAGUAUAAUAUGUGCACGUGGUGCCUGUUUUAAUUACGUGAUGUCUGUUUUCCCAUCUUGGUAUGCAUGAUGCAUCGAUGAACGUGCAAAAAUCAAAAUGUAUCCCAAACCCUAAAUAAUUAUUAAGAUAUGUGAUUGUUUAGGCUAACGUGGAUAGAGUUGUGAAAAAGAACUUGUUUCCGCUAUAUUUUUUUUAUCUUUCAUACAUAGG